UGAAGCAUUUAUCUCUCAGCGGAUAUCUCGGUACGAGCAGUCAUGCGCGAGAAUUCCAAGCGGACAGAUCGCUUUGACUCGGCAGAAUAAUCGCACUGCACAUAUCGCAUUGGCUUAUAACCUGAGGACGUAUGUAAUCGUGAGCAUCGAUAUUGACACAAACUUUCAUUCUACGACACAUGAUAUUUGACUUUAAUUCGGGACGAAAAGAACAAUCGAGUAUCUCGAUUAAGCUAUGGAGUACUGGACGAUAAUCUUAUCGAUAUUAGCCGGUACACUUGUCAUUUAUUAUUAUUUUUCAUCUUGUAAACGGUCCAACGAUUUGGAGCAGCAUGGAAUUCCAUAUAUAAGGCCGCAGUUCGUGCAAACUCUUUGGCAGCUUUUCGUACGUCCAAAGAGUUUUGCCACGUCAAUUCAAGAACUAUACAAUUUUUAUCCCGAUGCUAAGUAUACCGGUCUCUUUAAUUUCUCGAAACUGGUCGUCGUGAUGCGUGAUCUCGAAUUGAUCAAGUCUAUCGGCAUUAAAAAUUUCGAUUCGUUUCAAGAUCACUUAUUUUUCGGCAGCGAAUCGACCAAUCGAGAUCCGCUUUUCGGGAAAAAUCUGGUUGCACUUCGCGGAGAUCAGUGGCGAGACAUUAGGACGCUUCUAAGUCCUUCUUUCACGUCUAGCAAAAUGAGAGCUAUGUUUCAAUUGAUGUCCGAGUGCGCCGUGAACUUUUCAGAAUAUCUAAUUAAAGCGCCGACUGACAAGCAAAUUGUAGAAAUGAGGGACAUCUUCACGAGAUACACUACCGACGUGAUCGCCACGUGUGCCUUUGGCAUUAGCGUGGAUUCGAUGAAAGACCCGGACAACGAUUUCUACACGUUUGGCGCAAAAGUAACAAAUUUUGACACGAUCGCUCUUAUAAAAAUUUUGCUGUCCCAACACAUGCCGUGGCUCAUGCGUCUGUUAAAUCUUAAAAUGAUAAACGAAUGUACCAACGCAUUCUUUAUAAAUUUGAUAGCUGAUACUAUAAAGAUCAGAGACGAGAAAAAUAUUAUUCGGCCGGACAUGAUCCAGCUGAUGAUGGAUAGUAGAGGGAAAAGAGAGGGGAAGGAACUAACCAUUGUAGACAUGACAUCGCAGGCGUUCAUCUUUCUCCUCGGUGGUUUCGACAGUAGCUCGACUCUGAUGAGUUUCUUAGCAUACGAGAUUGCUGUCAACCCACACAUCCAAGAGAAACUGCAAAAUGAAAUUGAUAAGGUUCUGGAAGAUACAAACGGUCAGCUAUCCUAUGAGGCAAUCAACGAGAUGGUAUAUCUGAAUGCUACUAUUAACGAGACUCUUAGAAUGCAUCCGGUGCAAGCACUCACGGAUAGGCUGUGCACGAAAGACUUUGAAUUGCCGCCCACAUUGCCAGGUGCGAAACCAUAUGUUGUGAAAGCGGGAACGCAAAUCUGGAUCCCUUUUUACGGCCUUCAGCAUGAUCCCAAAUACUUUCCGGAACCGGAAAAAUUCAGGCCUGAGAGAUUCUUGGAUGAAAACAGAGAGAACAAGUGCAAUCUUAAUGCUUAUUAUCCAUUCGGAUUAGGCCCAAGAAUGUGCAUCGGCAACAGAUUCGCUUUGCUGGAGACAAAGGUAAUGCUGUUUCAUCUGCUGGCUCGUUGUGACUUGAAGCCGUGUGAAAAAACUCCGAUGCCGUUAAAAUUACAAAAAGGUGGAUUCGCAAUGCGAGCCGAAGGCGGUUUCUGGAUGAGCGUUGUGCCGAGAGAGAAUCAGUAUUCUAUGUAAUAUUAAUUAAAUA